AUGGCGCGUGUACCACCGCCCGCAAAUCCUGCGCUUAAAAAGGAUAAGAAGGAGAAAAAGAUUCCGAAAGACAAUUCCAAAAAUGUUAUGCGGAAUCUGCACAUUAGGAAAUUGUGUCUGAACAUCUGUGUUGGUGAAUCUGGUGACAGAUUGACACGUGCUGCUAAGGUGUUGGAACAGCUAACUGGUCAACAGCCUGUAUUUUCAAAGGCUCGUUAUACUGUCAGAUCCUUUGGUAUCCGCCGUAAUGAAAAAAUUGCUGUCCACUGCACAGUCCGUGGAGCUAAGGCUGAGGAAAUCCUUGAAAGAGGAUUAAAAGUCAGGGAAUACGAGUUGAGACGUGACAACUUCUCAGCUACUGGCAACUUUGGUUUUGGUAUCCAAGAACACAUUGAUUUGGGUAUCAAAUAUGAUCCUUCUAUUGGUAUCUAUGGUCUUGACUUCUAUGUCGUACUUGGAAGGCCAGGUUUCAAUGUAGCCCACAGGAGACGCAAGACUGGCAAAGUUGGAUUCCCACACCGUUUGACAAAGGAAGAUGCCAUGAAGUGGUUCCAACAGAAAUACGAUGGUAUCAUCCUUAACAGCAAAGCAAACACAUUAUGCUACACGGCAAUAUGUUUUCGCAUACGCCAGGUGACAGGAGACGUAAAUUGUUGCAGUAAACGUGGCACUAUA